AUGUUUGGUGAAUCUUUGCGCAAUGUUCAAACACCACCAACUAUAAUCGAAGAAGAAGAAGUCCAAAAAAAGCCAAACCGGCCAUCAAACUUGCCCGGGAUCUCAAUCAUUGAUACAAAAUGGGUUGAUAGCGAUUCAGACGAGUCACUUCCGGCUGGAGACUAUGUUGCAUCAAGUGUUACUACAGAAAGGUUUUGCAAAUCCGUUGACUUUCGGCCAUUGCGUCGAAAUCAAGACAGCUCCUCUGCGAACACAACACCGUCCACUCCAACUCUUAAAAAUCCACCAAAUCCGCCAAAAAACAACAUUCCAAUGGCUAGCGGUGGAUCAAGAUUUAAGGUUGUUCCCGUGGAAACUCGGUAUAAGCGAGAUAGGUGGCAAUGUCAUGAUUUUUAUGAUAACAGAGAUCCAUUCUUGACGCGAGUGCCGAAGCCGACACAUCAAACACCAGCUGCUGCUCUGAAGAAAGAAGAAAUUGUGAAUCGCAGUAGCCGUUCAUUGUCCGACAUUCAUCCAAUGCCUGCUGUAGUUCAGCAAAAACAACCUCCGGCUCCACUGCCAAGACCUGUCUACAUUGCACCAAAGCCACUUGUCAAGCAAACGAGUGUUCACGCACACAGCAAUGGAUCGCACACACAAGCAGUUGCUGCCGGUAAACAAGGAUCAGGUGGAUCUUCUACGGAUAUCAUGACUGGUCUAGAAAAAUCUCUUACUAACACCGAAACACGAAGAACUAAAAGUAUUAUCUCAAGUAUGUGGAACUGUGCUGUUAUCGAAUGCAACCAUGUGCCAAGAUAUUCGCCAAGCUAUGGCAUCUCGCGUGGUUGCUCACCACUAUCGUCGCGUCAAUCCCCUUCUUACAGUGUUGCUGCUAGUCCAGCAGUGCAUCCAGCUCUCAACAUUGACAGCAAAAUUGAACAAGCUAUGGAUCUCGUUAAAACUCAUUUGAUGUUCGCCGUCCGCGAAGAAGUUGAUGGAUUGCGGCACAAAAUUUUCGAUUUAGAAAAUCACGUCCACAAGCUUGAAGCAGAGAAUGCGAUUCUGAAGAGAUCAUUACCAAAUGAGGUCCUUCAAAAACUUCACCUGAAGCCAUAA